CCGAUUCUACAAUGUGUGGACCAGAGAAAUGCGGGGGACACGGGUUUGAGCCCUGAUCCGGGAAGAUCCCACAUGCUGCGGAGCAACUAAGCCCGUGCGUCACAACUACUGAGGCUGUGCUCUAGAGCCCGUGCUCCACAACAAGGUGCAAUGAAGAGUAGCCCCCACUUGCCAUAACUAGAGAAAGCCCACGCCCAGCAACAAAGACCCAACUCAGCCAAAAAUAAAUAAAUAAAUUUAUUAAAAAAGAAAAAAGAAUAUUUGGUAUUGCAUGCAUAUGCCUAAACUCUUUCUGGAAGGCUACAUAAGAUACUGUUAACUGUUCCCUGGUGGUCCAGUGGCUAAGACUCCAUGCUCCCAAUGCAGGGGGCCCGGGUUCGAUCCCUGGUCAGGGAACUAGAUCCCACAUGCCACAACUAAAAGAUCCCAUAUACUGCAACGAAGAUCCUGCGUGCUGCAACUAAGACCCAGUGCAGCCAAAUAAAUAAUAAAAUAAAUAAAUAUAUUUAAAAAAAAGAAACUGUUAACCAGCCUGAGGGACAGAGAUGGGAGGGACACUUACUCUUCACUAAACUGUAUUCCCUUUUGCACUAUUUUGAAACGUUUUAAAUGAAUUAUAAUCAAAAUAAAGAGAAAAUAUUGAUAGUUUAAGAAAAAAUAGAUUGCUGGCUGGGUGGAUGAGUGGUGUGACUGAGAUCUAGUUGGCAAGCGUUUCCUCAGGGCCUGCUCUGUGCCAAGCACUGGGUUGGGCAGUAGGGAUACAAAGCUGACCAAGGCCCAGUCUCUGCCCUUAGCAGGCUCACAGUCUGGUGUAGGAGAUAAUCAAUAGAGGCAAACUUCAUUAUAGUGUGGGCAGUGGGCCCUAGAUUCUAUGGGAGUAGCACCUGCUGGAGGGGUCAGGAAAGUGAAGUCUGAGCUGGUCUUAAGGGAUGAAUAGGAGUUUGGGUAAAGAGGGGAGGAAAGAGUGUUCCAAGUGGAGGGAGAUGCUGGAGCAAAGGCUAUCAGUAUGAAACAGCCUAAGAUGUGCAGGGAACUGUAAGCAGAGCUCCUGAGGGUGGGAGAGGGGAAGAGGGUGAGAUGAGGCUGGAGACAGAGGAAGAGGCUAGACCACUGAGGGACUUACAAACCAUGCUGAGAUGGUAGAACAUUAUCCAGUAGGUACUGGGGAUCCUAUAGGAGGAUUUUGAAGCAGGUAAAUUCUCAGCAGUCUAUGUUAGAGCAUUCAAGGCCCACUGCUGGGCCCGUACCUUGAUUUAACUCAUUUCUUUGGGAUCAGGUGGAUGCUAAAGCCCUGAACAGCCAAGUGGAAGAGAAGAAGCUUCAGAAGGCAAAAAAGCAGAGCAAAAUGGCAGCUUAUGGUACCAACCAGGUGCAGUAUGAUAUGGCGGCUAAGAUGCUAGAGAAGGAACAGGCAGAACGGACACGUCGGCUGGCCAAGAAAAUGCAAGAGUUUCGGAAGCAGAAGCAGCGGCUCAAGAAAAGACGUGAACUUGACUUUUGGAAUUCAGACCAACUCUGGAGGGAGUUUCCAGCUCUUCUUGGUGACAAUGAUCCCUACUGGGGCCCAGCCAGCCUGCAGUGCUUCUCUGGGGAAGAUUUGGACAGGACCACAUGCCUGAGAAUGCAGCAGGAGGACUUCAUGCACAGCCUGGAGAGGCCGCUACAAAAGCAACAGCAAGCCAGAGUUGAGGAGAACUGUGCAGAUACGCUCAGUGAACAGCUGCGCCUAGCCGUGGACUUGCGGGCCACCCAGCUGGCCAAGCUGGAGGAGUGCUGCCGCAAGGCCAUAAUGUAUGCCACGGCCAAAGCCAACAAGGCCCAGGCAGCUAAGAUGGCUAAGCAGCAGCACUGUGAGCAUCAGCACCAACAGGAGGCCAACGUCAUGGAGAUCCAAAACCCGACCACAAGUGACCUACUGACUGAGAAUCCCCAGGUCGCCCAAAACCCUAUGGCUCCCCACAGGGUCCUGCCCUAUUGCUGGAAGGGCAUGACUCCAGAGCAGAGAGCUACCAUCAGGAAAGUACAGGAGGUGCAACACCGUGAAAAGGAGACACAGCGCCAGACCAAACAAGCACUGGAUACCAAAAGGGAAAGCCAGCCCGUGUGCGUGGCCCAGACAGCAGUGGAGCUAGAAGAGCAGGAGAGGGAGCUGUGUACCAAAUUUUGGAGGGGACUAAGCUCCUUCAACUAGCAGCUGGCUAAGGAGCGAAAAGACCAGUGAGUUCUAGGGGGUGGCAGCAGGGAUGAAUGCCAAGGGGGGGUGGAGACGGACGGCAAGGGCCAGGGAGAGAGGGAAAGCCCAUCACCUGAGGCCUCUGGAUUUCUAUCUGAAUUCGUUAAUCUAUACCAAUCAACCUACAGCCCAAUAUCACUUGCAAUUCAACACCGGCAGCCGCUGAGCUCAGGAUGGUCAUCUCUCCCUCGUCCCCCAUCAAGCUCACAGAGGCUGAGUCAAGAGAGGAAGAUGAUGCAGACCCCCUCCACCAAUCCAUUUUCCAGUGGGACAGCUAAGCCAGCACCCCGACCUUUGACCCUAGGUAAUAAAGUUAUUCACUAAAAUCAAGGCCACGUGUUGUAAUAGGACACAAAAGGUGUGAGGUACUGCCUUUCCCACCCCACCCCUGGAC